AUGUUAUUGUAUUAUAUUAUUGUAUUCUUUGUUUUAAGUCGUACUACAAUAAUUAAUUGUAUUCCAGCUUCUGAUUCAUUGAAACAGCCAUUAUACGAGAUUCAACUUCAUAAACCCGAGGGUUCAGAUGAACAUUAUUAUAAAAUUCUCAAUGCUGAGAGAUAUUCACAGUUUUCAACAAAGUUCUAUGACUUAAAGAACGUGUUAUCUAGCACAAUUUCAUUAAAGGCUGAUUACACAUCAAGGCUAUGGGCAACAUACUAUGGAAAUAUAAUUCUUGGUUCAAACAAUAAUGAAAGGAAUUCCUUUAAGGUUUUGUUUGAUACAGGCUCUUCGGAGUUUUGGGUCCCUUACGAAAUGUGCCUAUCUCAGCAGUGCCUAAAUCGUAAAAGGUAUCAUAAAGGGUCUGAAUGGAUAGCCAAACACGACAAGCAUGGGAACUAUGUUCCCUUAGAAAUUAAGUAUUUAUCAGGACAAAUUGAUGCAAUUGAUGGAACAGCCACAGUAAAUCUUAUGAAUGGAAUUACUUUGAAGGAUGUUAAUGUAGGACUUGCUACCAAUAUUGACAUACCAUUUUUGGAUAAUGCACACUGGGAUGGAAUUGUUGGUUUGGGUUUCAAAACCAAAGAUAUGGAAUCAAGAGGUUCAAGACCACUUUUUGAGUCAAUUAUGUACAAUAAAUCGCUAUACCCAAAUUUCAGAAAUCAAGUCGCCUAUUAUGUGACAAAAAAUGGCGGAAAUAUAUCAUUUGGUGGAAUAAAUCCAAAUUAUAAAAGAUCUCUUGAUGACGAAUUCUUAUGGGCUCCAGUUGUAAAGGAUUCCAUUUACUGGACUCUUAAAUUGAAAAAUAUCAAGAUUAAAAAUAAUAUUGACAAAAAAGUCAAUUCAUUGGUCAAACAAUAUGAAUUUACAAGUCUUAUGAGUAAAAUAGAUGAUGUAAAGGUAAUCAUGGAUACAGGCUCAUUCCUUAUUUAUGCACCUCAGAGCAUGGGACCACUUCUUAGUCGGUUACAGGUUUCCUCUUGUAAGGAAAUGAAUGACAAGCCAAGCCUAAUUUUCGUACUUGAAGGAAAUAAAGGAUCAGAUGUGAAUUUGGAGCUAAGACCUGAAGAUUACACAAUUAUGUAUGAAGGAUCUCAAGGGGAAAAGCACUGUUCGCUUGGAAUUGUACCGGAUAAUCAACAGGAGGAAUUGGGGUUUAGUGCCUGGACUUUUGGAGAGUUGUUCAUGAGAGCCUAUUACACUGUGUACGAUUAUGAAUCCAGGGAAGUAGGUUUUGCACCGAGUAAGAAAUCAGACUAG